AAUGAAUAAUGGUGCUGCAUUGGAGACCAAGUCUGCUUGCCAGAGUUUCAUUUAAUAGUUUGUCGGUUUUUAUUGAUUAGUCCAAACAUUAGAAAUUAUACGAGAAUAGAAAAAUGUCUGAUUCUACAGUUAAUUUUUUAUAUUGUAAAUGAGAAAUUGUUCUUAGUGUAUCAUCUAGAUUUGAGGGGUUUAGAAUUGCCAGAAGGCUAUUGGAAGUCGUGUUCAUCUCCUCUAAUUGCAACUGAAGCCUGCAUGUCCCUAGGUAGAUGCCAUUUCAAAUCCUUUAGUAGCUUUGCUAUUUAUCUAGUAAGUCAAGACAACAAAUAUAAUUGAUAGUGUAUAUGUUCUUAGUCAAUAGAAGCUAAAUAUAGAUUGAUUGAUUAUACAUUAUCAUUCUCGCUGGGGCCAUUCAUCAAGUGCAGCGGUUUUGGUCAUUGUCAUUGAAUAUCAGUAUAUUUUUUUCCCCACGUCCUUUAUCAUUAGUUGUUAUCUCUUUGUUAUUUAAAGCAGUCCCCACUUAGAGCUUUUAUUUUUUUACUUACUUUUUUGCUGGACUUGCGGUUGAGUGGGUAGGGCGCCUUCGUGUAUGUAGGUUGGAAACAAGGUCUGGUAGGUUCAAACUAUUCCACUCAGAUGAAGUGAUAAACUGAUGGGCUUUGGAUACUGACACUCAACACCGGAUCAAGGCAUUUCAUUGUUGUGUCAUUCGUUGUUUAGUUUUCUCUUUCUCGGAGUUAUUGAAAUAUGUUUUUCUCCAAACAUACGUUUGAAAGAGAACUACGUAAAUGAAAUCCAUCAAUAUGAAUUUCACCGCUGUUGUGUCCAGCGACCUUGGUGUUUCUUCACUAACUAACGACUGGCUUUAGAGGGGCACCUAGCCACAUAAAACAUUGGAUACUUUGGGAUAGCAGCUGUAAUACAAUCCUUAUUGUCGGACGCUUCAAUUGGACAACAGCUCUGCUACUGUCAGAGCUCGAGAAGUGACACACCUUCUUAGGUUUUUUUUCGAACUUCAGUCCGAGAACAUCGGGUCGCUGUGACCUACACGUGCGCUCGGGAACGGCUUCUGGAUACUAUGUUAUAGAGAGGACUUGGAGGACUAGACAAUGGCUGAGCUGUUGUCGGUACAGGUUCAGAUCCCAGCUCAUUCUGGUCGUGACCUCAGGCCUGAGACCAAGAAACUCCUAACAGAAAAUGGGGUGAAAGAGAAAGGGCACUGCUCUCACCUGACUAAACAUAAACCAGUAGAUAUCAAGUUUAACAACUUGUCCUACUUUGUCAAAGAUGGUCAUAGCAGAAAAGGCAUGAAGACAAUUUUAAAGAGUAUUUCAGGGAGUUUUGUCUCAGGAGAGUUAACUGCCAUCAUGGGACCUUCAGGAGCUGGCAAGUCUUCUUUGAUGAACAUACUUGCUGGAUAUAGAACAAAAAACGUAACAGGCACCAUUUUAGUGAGAAACCGAGAACGAGACUUGCGCUCUUUCCGUAAAAUGUCCUGCUACAUCAUGCAAGAUGAUGAGCUCCUGCCUCACCUGACAGUGGAGGAAGCCAUGAUGUGUUCUGCCAAUCUAAAACUAGAUGAGAAGAUGCUACUUGAUACCAAACAAGAAAUGGUUGAUGAGAUACUGGACACAUUAAGUUUAAAUGAAGCUAAGAAAACUCGAACCUCUAACUUGUCUGGUGGCCAGAGAAAAAGAUUGUCUAUAGCCUUGGAGCUGGUCAACAAUCCCCCUAUUAUGUUCUUUGAUGAGCCCACCAGUGGUCUAGACAGUGCUUCUUGCUUCCAAUGUGUGUCUCUCUUGAAGAAACUGGCUGAAGGAGGAAGAACUAUUAUAUGUACAAUACAUCAACCUAGUGCUAAAUUAUUUGAGAUGUUUGAUCAUUUGUAUUUACUAGUAGAUGGUCAGUGUAUUUAUAGAGGCACCAUCCGAGCCCUUCUGCCCUACUUUGAAGAGCAAGGCCUUGUUUGUCCAAACUACCACAAUCCAGCUGACUAUGUUAUGGAAGUGGCAGCUGGGGAGUAUGGUGAGAAAAAUGUGCACAAGUUAAUCCAAGCACUGAAUGAUGGCAAAUGUGAUCCAUUUCAAAUUGACUAUGAUCGGCAGCAGUCCAGUGGCCAUGGCUCACACACCCCCUCUGUACAUUCAUGCGAGGAUGACUCAGUGCACCGCCAGGCUGCCACACAAUUAAACAAAACUAACAACUCCCACCUAGGAGACAACACUUCCCUGAACUGCGGGGAGCGCUACAACACCAAAGUUGUUUCUGACACUCGACCUUCCCCUACCACUGGAUGGUCCAAUGGGGCUUGUUUCCCUCAGUACAAAGCACAUGAGUGUCAUAUUUCAAUACAGCCUGGAGAGUCUUGGGAGCUAGAAGAAAGUCUUGAGGAUUUUCCUGUUGAUCAGGAAUGCCAUACCUUCAAUACCAGCUGUCUAACACAGUUCAGGGUACUCUUUAUACGUACAUUCAUGUCUAUUGUAAGGGAUGCUACCCUGACACGACUUCGUCUGAUUUCACACCUUACUGUUGGUAUUCUGAUUGGACUACUAUACCUGGGCAUUGGCAAUGAAGCCAGCAAAGUUUUUAACAAUGCCGGCUGCUUAUUUUUUUGCAUGCUCUUUUUGAUGUUUACUGCGUUAAUGCCAACUGUGUUGACAUUCCCCAUAGAGAUGACAGUAUUUGUUAGAGAACAUCUGAACUAUUGGUACAGUCUGAAAGCUUACUACCUGGCUAAAACUAUGGCUGACAUGCCCUUUCAGAUCAUCUUCUCUCUGGUGUAUGGUAGCAUAGUUUACUUUAUGACCUCACAACCCAAUGACUUCACCAGGUUUGUCAUGUUCCUGACAUUGUCAACACAAACAUCACUGGUGGCUCAGAGCUUGGGGCUCUUAAUAGGGGCAGCAACCUCCCUUCAGGUGGCUGUGUUUCUAGGUCCUGUGACUGCCAUCCCUAUACUUCUGUUCAGUGGAUUUUUUGUCAACUUUGAUACCAUACCUGCUUAUCUUCAGUGGUUGUCCUAUAUCUCGUACAUCAGAUACUCCUUUGAGGGAACACUUCAAGCUAUCUAUGGCUGGGAUAGGGGCGACCUAGACUGUGAUGAGAACCAGUGCAUCUUUCGCCAGGGGACAGAUGUCCUUAAGCAAAUGGAUGUAGAAGAUGCCAAAUUCUACAUCGACUUCAUAGUCCUGUGUGGGUUUUUUGUUGUUCUGAGAGCAGGCUGCUACUUGGUGCUGAGAUGGAGAGUGAAGGCUCAGAGAUGAAGAGCCUACAGUUGUCAGAUCAGAGAUUUAGACACAUAGACUUAUCCCCAUGGAGCACUCAGCUGUUCAACUGUAAGUUCUUCCUGGCUUAUGAUUUCAAGCUUAAAGGAGAUGUUCAUUUGUCAAGAAAAUUUCAUCCUGAUGAUAAGAGAUAAACAUGUCAGCAUUCAUGAUAUCUGUCUAAAUGCAUUGGAUGAAUUAGUUUUAUUCAGGGAACUGCUAAGCUAGGCUUACAGAUUUAUCCUUUUUUUUUAUGAGUGUGUGUAUUCAUCAUUGGAUUUAUUUUAAUGUCACAAUGGAGUCAAUAUGUGAUACUUGACCAAAAUUGUUCCUUUUAUUACAACCAUUAUUAACCCGGAUGUACUCAUCUGCAAGUGAUAUUUCAGAGAUUUCAUAAUGUGUAAAGUACUUUAAAGAAAUUCUUGGCCUGGAUUUUAUGAUGAUAUUUCUAUGUAGGGACUCAACUAUGAUUUGAGUACAACCCUAUUUGUUAUAACUACAGGGUAUGUCAAGAGUGUUCAGUAGUGAGAAGAGAACAGGCAAGUGGUGGCUUUGAAGUUUGCACUGCUCCCUUAUCACUACCAUAUAUGUGUGUUGUCCUAUUCAGUUCUUCUAGUCUCUACUUCUUAGACAUUGACUUCAAACAGGUGUUUACACAUCUUUCUUAUUUAAUGGUACAGCACACUCAAAAAGGCAAAUUAGAAACUGAAUUAGAAGUGAAUGAAAUUAUAAUGUGAUUGCAUUGUUUGACAGUAUUUGUUAUUGUAUUCAACAUAAACAAACCUUAUUUUACAGGACAGCUAUAUUCACUUCUUUGUCAACAAAGACUUUGUGCAUUGUUCCCCCCCCCCCCACCCUUUUGAAUACAAAUUUCUUUCAUCUAAUUGCUUCCAUUGUCUUCUCCAUGUUUUGUCUCCAACCAUCAAGUGAUGAAAGUGUUUAUGGAAUAGUCCAACAAGAAUGAGACUGUAUGUUGUACUACUACUACUUGUGACACUCUUCAAAAGUUGUUGCUAUUUUUUUCUUCAUGGUGCAAGAACAAGUUAUUGCAUUUACUAGUGUUGGUAGUGUGUAUUUCUAGUUGUCUUUUAUUUGUCUGCAUCUUUCUUGUUGCAUUGCAAUUCCCUUACAUUCUGCUCAUGCACCUCAAUGCAGAGCUUGGAGAACAAGAGCAAAUAAAUAUUAGUUACACUUUGGCUCUGGGUGUGUGCUGUGUAAUGCCAUGACUCUUGUUUCAACAUGAUGAAAAUGUUGUUGUUUUCAACAGCCUAAAUUGCACAGCCCACUGCACUGCUUUAUUUUGUUCCUUUUGUAGUAGUGUCAUUAUUUAUUCCAUCAACUCAGGAAAGAAGAAAUAUACUCAUCUCUUCAUGUUAGUAUGUUCUGUGUUUCUCUUCCUCAACCUUCUUUGUCCUCUGACUUGCAACUUAAUUAGUUGUUUUACAAUCAAAAUAGAAUAUAUUCUAUAGCUCAUAGCACUUGUUUAGCAUAGAUACUGAUGGUGAGAUUUAGACCUUAAAAUGUUAUAACUGGGAUAAGACACUUAAAAAAAAACGGAUUGAAGCAAAUUUAAUUUAACUGCAUGUUUACAAAAGAAUUAGAAAAAGCUUUUUUUUUAAAAUGAAACUUUGUUGUUGUUGUUUUUUUUAACCACUCAACAUCUUCCCACCUGUCCAAGACCACUGGCCAGAACAUUCAUCACUGUCCUCACCAAGUUUCAGUUCUGGAUAUUGUUUGAAGACCAAAAACACUUAGUACCUCUGUAGUGUUUGUGUAACUUUGUUGCUAUACGCACAUAACAUUAACUCUCCACUUUAUAACACAGAAUCUUUUUUUUUUUAUGUUUCCUUGAGAUUUCAUGUAGAGCCAAAAGACUUUUUCAAAUGUGCAAUAGAUUAAAACUAAUGAAACUGUUACCAAAAUGGUCCUCUUCAAAUGUAUAUCUUCAUAUUUGUGACAUAAAUAGAUCUUGCAUUAUGACUUGCAUGUCUUGUGGAAAACAUUUCAUCACAAUGGUUCUUAGUGCAAACCCUUACCAACCCCUGCCUUUCUGUAGGAGCUCUAAACUAGGAAAAAAAUCUUUCUCUAAAUAAGGCUGAGUAUAUAAUAUAUAUAUAUAUAUAUAUAUAUAUAUAUAUAUAUAUAUAUAUAUAUAUAUAUAUAUAUAUAUAUAUAUAUAUAUAUAUAUAUAUAUAUAUAUAUAUAUAAGCAUUUUAAAUUUUAUUUAUUUCUCUAUUGGGAGAGAAAAGGAAAUGAGUUUAAUUUGCUUUGAAUCAUUGGUUUCUACCGAGUUUAAUUUGUUUUUAUUCAUUAGUCUGGUACAAAUUGUUUUGUUUUUCAAUGUGUUGUUAGUGCUUUUUAGUCUGUCAAGAUGGUUUCUUGAACUGUAGAUUGAUCCACAUCAUUGUAACAUUUGUACAAUAUGUUGUUGCAUUUGUCAUGAUUUUCCCUCAUUACACAUGUUUGGAACUGCUUCCUUAACAGUAUUGAAAUAUGAAAUACAACAAAAUACAAACUGUAAAUACCAAAUAGAGUCCUGCCCAGUGAUUUCUUUGUUGAAUGAAUUGGAAUCUUUCAAAGCUGGCCAAAUAAAUAUAUCAUUCUAAUGUAUGUAAAUAAUCCCAUUCUCUUUACUGUAAUGUUAGCACAACCUGUAGCACAAUGUACUAGCACUUUUGCAUGUUUCUCUUUUUUAUCUUCCACUUUAUGACCUUUUUCUUAUGGUGAGAGUAUUCUCCCAUUAAUGUUACUGUGGUCUAAGCACAAAUUUCCAUUCUAAAAGUAGCCCUAUGAUAUACCGUACACACAAAUGUCUGCUCUGACUUUUGACUAGAUUUCUUUUAUCUGUUUAUGCAGACAUCUGGAUGUAUUUGUGAAUCCUAUCACAGUGCAAUGUGUAGGGUUUGUUCUAGAGGAGAUGCUAUGAAAUGGAAAUCAAAUUAGAAAACAGUCCAACCAACUUUGUGAUAGCUCCUACAAACUGGGCUAUUAUUAGUUGAACUGGAUCUGUAAUUAUACAAAUCAUCUUUUCUGGGUUUUUAAUUAAGAAAAAAAAAAGGAUUUUUAUUUCUGUGUUUAGCAUUACUUACUAUUUCUAACAGGAUUUUAUCACCACUUUUCUGCUUUACUGAUGAAUAGCAACAAAGAAAUACGUUAAUACUCAUUAAUUUAAAGAAAUAAACAUUUAAACAACUUAGCAUAUUUUCUAUGCGUCCACCUUUUCUUGUUUUUGUCAGUUUAUUUACAUAUGGUCUAUUUAUGUAUUCAUCAGUCUUAAGGGUUUCAGUCAAAAUGUUUGUUUUUGUGCCACUACAACCUAUAUAGUAUACACAGAUCACAAUGAGCCAAGCUCUUCCUUUUUAGUUAAUAUAAUUUAAUCUUCAGAUUUGAUUUUUAGUAGGAAGUGUUUACAAUAUAUAACUUUUCGUUGAUUCAUUCAUUGCUAGGAAAUACAAGAAUAGUUGAAUCAGCUUGUCAGUUACAGUUUGUGAAUUUUUUAAAGAAUUUCUUAGUGAUACUGUGUACUUAAUUCCUCCUAGUCCCAGGGUUUACUUACUUCUGACCCAAAAUAAAUAAAAUCAGUCAACAAACUAAAACAUUUCAUUAUUGUGCAUACAUUUUGAUGCAACUUGAAUCUGAAUUUGAGUUAUGAACAACUAGAUCGUGUCCUUUGGUUUUAAAUCACAAUCAGUUUUCUUGAGUUUAAGCUGAUAGGUAAAAGCUAGUAUACAAGUCAACAUUUUGUGUUCUCUAGAAUUUUCUCACAGUCAUAUUUUCCUUUAUGUCCAGUCUGGAACUAAUUAUGUAGAAUUUAGAAAAAGAUUUUAACAAAUUAUUGUGACCUAUUGAUUUUACAAAAAAUAGGUUAGUAGUAUAUUUAACAUGGAGUUAAAAAUAAAUGUUAAUCUCUAAAUGAAAUAAGUCAAAUCUAUUUUGUAGCUAUUUGAUUUGGUCUUGGAAAAAUUUUGCUAACCUUUCCCAACAGCUGUUGAAUUAUAUAUUUGUUCUUUAAUUAGGCCACCCUUAUAGCAAUAGGCUUGUCAUACAUCUGUGGCUCAAUCUACUGUAAGAUGUCUUCUACUUUUGACGAAAUGGCUUGUGAGAGAGAAAAACAAAAGUAGCUAAGACAAGUAUUAGUUCAGUAUUUGAAGUCAUUGAUAAAUGUCCAGUUUCACUUUGUCUUUUCAUUUGUUUGAUUCCGAGUGCUGGUACUUUGACAUUAUUAUUGAUUUUAAUCAUUUUAAUAUUUCUCAAAUGUUGAAUUGCCAACUAUAGAAUGCAAAAUUUUAAAGAACUGCGUUCUUGAUAAAUUUAUUAUUUACCUACCGAUAGUAAUUAAUAUUGGUUGGUAGGGAUUGUAUUAUAAGCCUGCUUAUGAUAGCUAUAAAAAAGAAGUGACUGGAUGCAGAAUACAUAAGCUAAUGUAAUGUUUGCAUAUAUGACAUAGUUUAGGUACCUUCACCUAUCCAUUAAUCUGAUUCUUAAAUCUUUGAAAUAUGGUUCUAAAAAAAAAUAAGCAGUUCAGCACCAAUGUCCUUUUUCUAUUGUGCAAGAGUAUAUUUGUAUUGUUUAUAUUGUAAUAACUUUUCCAUUUGCACACAAAUUACCAUCAAAUUAGAUCAGUACCUAUAGCAUAUUAGAUUCAAUGAAAUUCUUCGCUAUUGUAUUUUUAAAUCUACAGUACUUCAUAAUGUCUUAGUUUUACAUUAUAUGGCUACUUAAUAAUAUGCUGACAUCAUUUUGCUAGAAAGAAUUUUUGAACUAAAGGAGGACAAAGUGGCAAGUGUUCUUUAUUCAUCGGUGUAGUCCUGCUAUGCUGGUGAACAUUUUUGAGAGGAAAAAAAUCAUGCUGAUGUAUUCAUUAGUUUGUACUGGAUUGUGCUUUGUGUUUAUAAACUGAGAUGAUUUAGUUCUGAUUGUAGCUAAUAUUAUAAAUACUAAGUGGAGUUAUCUAAAUAUUUGCUCAGAACAAAAAAACAAAUCUCCUAAACUUGUAUAAAUGAAAAGAUAAGUCAUUACAUUGCUCAAAAUGCUUUUUUUAUUCAGAGUUAUAAAACAAUGUCAGAUAAUAUAUUCGUUAAGUUGUAUAUAUGUUAUCAUAAUGUAUGUGAAGAUGACUCGUGUACUAGUUCUCAUUUCACUGACAAAUAGUUGUGCGACAACUGUUUGAAAAUUACUUGCAUGUUGUGUUGUUGUUGUUUUUUUAAAUCUUAUGUAUUAACUGUAGUUUUUUUUUAAAUUGCUUUUUAACCUUAUUGACCAACAGAGAGGUGUUGAAUGUGUUAUAGGAUCUAGUAGAUUCAUCAGUGUAUCUGGCUUGUAUUGCAAUGAAACUAAAUGGCAAACUAUAACAGAUAUUUUUUUGGUUACUUUCCAGAGUCUCAUUUUUGUAUUGAUGUUAUUGACCAUUAUAUGUUGGAAUGAAUUGUCUAUUAGUUUGUUACUGUGUUAACAUCUUGAGUUUAGAACAAGAAAUAUCACUUUUUGUUAUAUCUAUUGAAUAAGUUUCAAUGUUGUUUUGUAUUCAUUAAUUUUUAGAUAUUAUGGAUAUUAAUUAAUUUAAGAAAUAUUGGAAUGUAAGUACUGUAAACUUGGAUGGCUGCCUGGUUAUGUACUAUGUGCUUCAGGCUCAUUUCAAUGAUCUUGAUUUAAACCUUGGCCUGCUACCAACCCCUGCUGUCCUGCAGGAAGUGUGAACUAGGAUGUAAUAAAUUAUAAAACUUACAAUUCGCUUGACUAUAGCUUUGUGAUUAUUUUGAAUUAUUUUUUAGCUAAGUUAGCUAGGUACAUAAACUAUCUUUGAUUACUUGUUUAUAAACUGUAUCAUUGAUGAGCUUCUAGAAAAUUCUACCUUGCCACAGUUAAAUUAAAUCUUUACUUUCUGCUAGCUGUUUAUCUUUUUUUGCAAUAGCUGUAAUUAGUGUGAUGAUAGUUCCACAAAAGUUGUAGCAUCGCUGUAUGAAAGCUGUAAUAGUUUUAUGUUGUUUUUUGUUUGAGAUGUUCAGAAUCUUGUUUGUAAGCUCUAAGCAUGGUUUGAGAUGUGUAUGCUUGGGAUUUUAAGUCUCUAGACCUUAAUGCUGUAUUCUGAGAUUGUGUAAACAGUAUGUGAGAUAGCCAAAUAUGUCAAGUAUUUAAGUGGCUUUAUGUAAAGCAACUGUUAACAAACUGAAUUAUUUAAUUAAUUGAUUGUUUGAUGACAUUGUUCUGUUAUUGUUUUCUUUAUUGAUCCAGUUUUUCAAAGUUGUAAAUAAAAACACAGUUGUAAGAUAAAGUUUGUCUAUAUAUAAUUUUGUAGUUUAACUCCACAUAAUCUGUGUCAUUAGUCAGUAUCUUCAUUAGUAACUAGCAAUCUUUUGAAAAGACUAUUUGUUAGAUAAAUAGAACUGGAGAUAACAUGAAGACAUACAAGACAAAAAAAAAAAGAAAGCUGAUUAUUAGUGUUUAUAUAGACAUAUAUUUGUUGAGAUUUAGGUGCACAUCUACAUACACAAAUAUACACAUAGUAAUUGUUUUGUUUUCCCUUGUUUACUUUUUGAUUUUGUUCAGCUUCCUUUUUAAGUCUUCGAUGCAAAUGUUUGUGAUAUACAUUCUGGAUUGAUUUAUUUAUUCUUAAAACCCUUUUAAGUUUUUUGUUUUCGCUCUUAGCCUUUUGUUUGUUUUAGAUCAUUUCUUUUCACUGUUGUAUUUGUAGAGAGAAAUUGAUGCUAAGAUUGGCUAAAUAUGUUGCUGUUUUGUAGAAUAAUGUUGGGGAAUUUGUUUUAUUAUAAUUAUUAAACAUCUUAGAUGAUUUUCAAAAUUUGAUGUCUUAGCCAGGCAAUAUUAGUGAAUUUGAUUUGAGGUAUAUCUGAGGGUAUCUCUCAAAAGCAUAUGUAAAAUUACUUAAGUGUUGAUACAGCCAAAUGUUAGCUUUAAAUUUGCUUAGCUCUAUAUUUUUGAGUUGCACAUAAAAUGCUGCAAUAAGGUCUUAAAAGUUGUUUGCUUGGAUCAUUUGAGUAUCAUCUCCAAACUCCCUACAUGAGGAGAUCUUUCUUUCAAGAUAGAAACCAUGUUAUCUUUGUCUUAAUGUAUUAAAAGAUAUGAAUAGGGAUACCAUAAGCUAGUAUCUUAAGAAAUAAAUGGCCCUCAGGGGAGUUAGAAGUUAGUUUUUUUUAACCAAAUGAAUUUAUUGUUUUCAUAAAUAGAAGAGGUUUAUAGAUAUUUUGGGCUAAUAUAUGAAAGUAAUGCCAUAGACUAAUUGGUCUUUAUUUAAGAGGAGAUAGCCUAGUGCAAUUAGCUGAUGCAGAGGUCAAGAAAGUAGGUCAACAUUAUGAAAAUAUGUUAGUAGAAUUGGACUAGAAGCCAAUAUCAGCAUACAUUAACCCUAUCAGUGCAAUGUAUUGAAUCCAGCCAAUGACUCCAGCAUGACAUUUGAACAUGGCUAGUGAAACUGUAUUUAACUUUAGCCAUAAAUCUGAUACCGGUAUAAAUAUAAUAGAUAGGUAUAUUGUAACAUGUAAUAUCUAAUCUCAAUAGAUCACUUUUGAUUUUGUUCACAUAUGGAACAUA